AUGGAAGUCUGGUCGGGCAGUAUCAGCACCGACACCAGCCCUGACCUCCAAAUCAAGCUUGUGAACACAUCCCAACGGCAAGAAACUGUCCUACCAAAAGGAGCCAGGCUCUCACUACGCAGCUUGGUAAACCCAGCGCUUAUCCCUCUCUAUGCUCGAGCUGGACCCAGUGUCGAGCUUCAUGCCAACACUGAAGAAACGUCGGAAUGGCUCAAAGCCCGGCUAGUUGCGGGCAUUUGGCUGGACGACGAGGAGGAUGGGGAGACCUUUGAGCGCUUUAACACGUUCCAAUGUCCAGUGGGCUUGCUGGUUGGUGUAGACAUGCCAACAAACCGAACCUAUCCGGAAACCGAUAAUAACAACAAUGUAUCGGACCUUCUCAUCUACGGAAUACUAUCACCUAGUUAUGACGCAAAAACCCGCCCACCUUCACCUCCAGACUCGUCUUCCCUUGUAGGAGAUGGCAGUGCAUAUGAACAAAACUUGAAGAUCAAAAGAGACCUACGGUUAUAUGCUGUGCCGCUGGCAGCGACUUAUGUACGGAAGGUACAAGACCUGCCUUCGCCGCCCUCAAGCGCGGCUGAAGAUGAUGCGGAAUCCAGCAAGGAUGCAUUUGCGCAUUUCCUGCCAGAUUUACGCUCACCGAGCCCCAAGCGCAAGCGUAUAUUGUCCCUCUUCGAAGGAGCAGCACAGCACCAUCGUCGUGUUCGACAACGGGGUGGUGAAGGGGUUUCUCGGAUGAUGGCCAAUGCAAAGUCCCAGGCAUCAUCGCAGCUGUCUUCAAUAAAGAUCAAGCGAGAAGUAGAGGAACUCAACAGCCCAGAACUAGAGAAGCUGGAGUCGCGUAGAGCUCGCUCGCUCUCCCUCGGCGGCAGUCACUUGAGCAAAACUAGAGAGAACACUAGUCUGGGCGAGAAGGCUAGACCUGGAUCGUCGAAAAGCAUGCUUGGUCGUAGAGAGAUCAAGCCAAACCCGAAUUCGACAAUGCAUACGCCUAAUGACGAGCUUACUCGCAGUCAGUCGGUUGUGCCGGCUCCGAGCAUGCACGAUGCAGCUUCGAAAUCAGAGUCACAGCUAUUAUCAUCGUCGCCACCGGCGAAUGCAGAAGCGCUCGUGACAAGAAAUAAAGACCUAAUCACCCGCACAAUUCUGACUUGCAUGCGUUUAUAUGGGUAUCACCGAAAAGCAAACCGGCCCACCAAGCCCGCUGCCCUCGUCACUGAACCUGAAAGCUACCCACACCAAGACGCCAACAUCCCAGAAUACACCGCUGCCACCACAGAAGAAGAAGAAUUUAAAGCAAUGUAUCACGCAACAUACAGAGCCGCAACAUUCGCUCUCCGACACUACCUGAAAAUAGCCACCACGGAUUUUCUUGAGACUAGCCAUAGUGAUACACCUGAUAGCACUUAUACUCGUCGCUGCGCAACACCGAUUUUGUCCAAGGAUACGGCAACUAACAUAAUAGAUGGGAUUCUGAAGUUGUUUUGUGAUGACCAGUUGAAUCAGGGCUCCGGUUGA